AUGCCGUUCUCUCUCAUCGUUCCCGACGACGUUAACGCGCGAAAGGACAUCGUAUUCAAAGGAAAAUCCACAAGAUCAUGGCAUCAGCUGCCUGCAGAGAUUAUCCGGUUGAUUGCGACCUACCAUCUCCUCAACGUCGCGUCGACGGCAAUUUAUCCUGCAACGUGGGCUCAUAGAGACUUUUGGCCGUCGCGAUUCGUCUUUGGCCUCCUCCACGAUGUAGCCGAGGUGGAAAAGCUCAUGUGGGUUUGGCCGACAUGGCAUAUUGCUCUCGAGACUCAUCCCUUUUGGCGCCAUGCGUGCAUGACUAUUGAUCCACACGACGCUCUCAUUCAACACUCGGUCAUUCGCCCCGCUGGUGCCGUAGGAUCAGCGCGAGGUUACGUGCGCUUGUCUCCGUACCAACAUUUUCGAAACGUAACCAACUGGUCGUGCAUAGUUUGCCGAGUUAACGCGCCGAUGACAACACAGGGCCUCGGGCAAGGGAAAGUUCCAGUGGGCACGAUGUACGUCGGCGGGAUAAUGACGUGCAAGGAGCACAGGAAGACCCCAUAUUGCGGAGUGUGUUUGCGAGAGGCACGGCUGAUGGAGAAUGGAUCGGAAUACGUGCAGGGGCCGGCGAUGUGCUGCGCCGACAAUGAGGAUAACGACCAGUUUCCAAAGGUGGAGUCGACAUGCCGGUCAUGUAGAGGCGAAGCGCUGUGGCGAUCGGUUCAGCGGAGCGCAUGGGAUCGAGAGGCGGUGGGGGGCGUGAAGCUGGCUAGUGAAGACUGGGAGGCGCGGCAAGCAGUUGAGUCGUUCGUGGAUCUAGGAGAGGGGAGGGUGUCGGAAGUGGUCACUCUGGCGCGGGAGCGACAUUGGUACAAGAUGAAUACGAAGUUGGGGGACAUGCUGCUGCAGGCGCUGGCAGCAGCACGAUAUGGAGCAGUAUCGGGCGAGGUACCUGAUGGAGAAGGCGGCGGGUACGGGAGCGACGGGGAGGGAAGCGAUUUUGAGGACGACAACGAGUUGUUGAGCAACAUGGAGGAAUCGGGGGGCUUGCGGGACCUGGCGAUCGCGGACUAUGCGCGAGGGAGGAUCCUGGACGGUUUCUGGAUCGCGCCAACCGACGUAUGGCAUGAGAGACCCGGCUGGCGAGAGGCCGUACCAGCACAACAUCCAUGUCCAUGGCAUCCGAGCGCGAUGUAUGGCGGAGCGCUCGAUGAUGCAGAACGCGAGAAGGCUCUAGACGGCGAGCAGCUAUCGCAUCCGCGGCCGAGGACAGUGCGGGCGCGUCUACCGCCAUCAUUGGAGCUCUGUACGUCCGUGAGCCAUGCGUUCGCGAAGCAACUGCGAGAUAUCCUGACGCCAGCGAUGAAGAACAUUGUUCGUCGAUUGGUUAUCGAAUGUGCGGCGGAUGGGAAGGACCCGGCGGUACUGGCGGCGAGGAUGACACCGGAGGAUGUGGCAGAGAGUCUGCGCGACGAAGCGACGUGGUUCGACGGCGUGGACUGGUUGCAGAAGAGGACGAAUACAAUUGCGGCAGAGAAGGAGCGUGACAGGAGGGAAAAGGAGGAGGAUAGUUCGUCAACAUCGUCUCGGUCAGACGGGUCACGAAUGACAAGUCCCAUGUUGUCGACUACCACGCUGCAGACCACGCCGUCUCCUCCCCCGAGUGGGAGCGCGAGCUCAAAGGAUGAUGAUUCGAUAGCGUCUCCGAUUGCGCCAAAGCCCCUCGUCAUCUCUGUAGCGCCGGUGCUCGCAUCUCCGAAGAUGAUACAUCCAAUUCCUUACGUCCCGGUUUCAAUCUCACAUUUACCAGAAGACAGCCUAGAUGCGUUCAAAUAUGCAUGGAGGGAAGCAUCUGCUCCCCUUUAUGAGUGUUAUUGCUCAAUUUGUGAACGCCGGAUUUUGAAGGCGAAUAUGGCAGCGGGAAUGGCCGUGCCUAGUCAGGCACUUGCGAAUAUACAUCAACCUAUUCAAGCACAAGUUCAGGAGUUUACAGUCCAGUUUGCUCGUGCUGACGUAGAGGAAGAAGAAGAAGAGGAGGAGGAGGAAGAAGAAGAAGAAGAGGAGGAGGAGGAGGAGGAGGAGGAAGAGGAGGUAGGAGAAGUUGAACUUGAAUCGGAACAGGACGAUACGUCUGUGUCAGAUGAGGCACCUGGUUCUCUAGCCACGCCCCGUAAGCGAUAUUCGGAGGAAUUGGGCGCACAAGCCGGCAGUGGCAUGGAUUCUGAAAGAGGCGGGUCUCCUCCGAAAAGGCCUCGCGUGAACGGUACAUAUUCCUCACGUACCGCGGUGUCCCCUUCACCCGGGGGACUACGCAAACGAUCUUCAGAAGACCUGGAAGAGGAUGGGGCCUUUCCACAUACCAAUGGCGAGCCGAAGAGAUUGAAGGCAGAGGUGACGAGCCGUCCCCGGCUCCCGCUUCCAAGGACGAACACCAAGCAAGCCAACGGGCCGGAUACAUCUCGAUGA